UUUCGCGCAAUAUUUCUAAAUGUUUCCAAACGUGACACCCGUGUUCCAAACCUAUCACCAUUCUUGCAAACGUUCGCAGCGGAUUCGUUGAUUUUCAGCGGAUAUACGACGAUGGUGGUGCAGUCAAGAUGGCGUUCGCCGAGCGGAAUACGCUGUCGGGUUGGAGCGCGUGAGAAAAAAAAUGCCGCGGGGUGCCGUGACGACCACCGACGCUUCGCGCGGAAUACUCGCGUGAGGAGCGAGGAUCGAUUCUCCGGAGUUAGCUCGAAAGUGAGUGCACGCGUCCACCGAGGCAUUUGACAUUAACCUAAGUGUACGUGGUACGCGAUUGUGGUGCGGUGCGGUGUAGCGCGGUGCGGUGUAGCAAGGUGAGGUGAGGUGCGAUACAGCGCGCUGCAGCCACGACGCGCAAUCAGAGAUUUCUCUUCGGUUGUUUCUGACGUGGACCGAGUUUGCUUGGCGCGAGGAAACGACAUCACAACAUUGUUCAGCUACGAAAAACGCAAAAGAUCAAACACGACGACCGGCCAUGGCGUCUGUCGUGCGCGCGUGAUCGCCGAUCAGACGGCCGAUCAAGAAGGCUAGAGAGCGAGAGAGAGAGAGAGAGAAGAACGCCGGGACGCGUUUACGACGACGGUGAUAAGGGACGACGUCAACUAUCAGACUUUGUCGCAUAAACAACGACAUAAACAAACGUUUUGGUCUAUCCUUUUAUCCUUCUUCCUCAAUCCUUCCUACUGUUGUACUCCACGUUUAACAAUUAUCAUCAUCACUGUAAAUUAUUUUGAACAGUAUAUGCAGAUAGUAUACAAACGGAAUGCUCUGGUUAUUGAGCUUAUCUGCACAAGAUUCUGCAUUUAGAUUGAGCCUACUGUUCAAUAAACCAUGUGAUCAAUCACUUUUUGGUAGGAAGUUAUGAGAAGACAUUCUAUUGAAUAUAGGAAGUUGAAAGGAAACAUAUUGAAUGACGAUUCAGCAAUGUAAAUGCUAAGUGAAUAGAUGCUACUGGUGCGUUUAAAAGCGUCGAGACAUUCCAUGAGGAUCAUACAUCAAUAAAGAACACGUGAUUUAAUGGACAGUGCGCACCAUGUCUAACAGUCUGGAUAGCUUUCUGACACGCAUUGGGGAUGUCACAAUUGAACGUGUGACUCCUCGUGGUGGUCCCAAGUCCAGUGAAACAAAUAUGAUGUCGAAUGAGAUUGGGACAAAUGCAAAUUUGAACGCCGAAUCACAGGUGACUAAUGAUGAGAGUUCGGAUGAGUCAAGUGGCGAAACGACAGAUGGAGAGCAAGAGAAGAAAAUCGAUGCUUUGCAGUCUGAAGAGAUAGAAGAGAUACGUUCUGAGGGUUCAGGAGAUGAUAUGGAUUUAGAUGAGACAAUUGAUUCACAGAUUGGUGUGAGAGUAGAAUCAGAAAGGCAACAGCAUCCAUCUCAAGAAGAGGAUGACGAAGAACAAGUUAAUAUUCUAGACACUUUACCACUGGAAGGAGCGCCCAUAGAAGGCCAAGAAGUGUCCGAAGCUGACUUACUAGGGAAGCCGAUAUCGAAAGAUUCGGAAGAUGAGGAAAGUAUGGAUAAUGAAAACGAGAAGGCGGAUGAACAGUCUGCGGGAGAGGGAAGCACUGAUAGUAACAAGAGACAUGCUGAUUCUGAGCAUCCUGAUAGCGCGAAGAAAAAAGCGAAGAAAGAGGAUGGCACUAGCGAGAGCAGCACAUCGGAGUGCGAGCUAAAGUCGGAAAAGAAGCUGGCCAACAUGCGAAGGAAUAUUCGGGAGGUGAUGGAUGAGACGCAACUGGACGAGGCUACAUUGUCCGCCCAGAGGCAGGAAAUGGAGCGCCUCAGGCGAGUGCAGGAGCAACAGAGGAUUAUCCGCGAGGUGCAGCGUCAGAUAGCAAUCAACCGACAGAAUAAUAAGGCGCAGACACGCGUUAUUAGUCUCUUGCAGGGCAAGCAAAACCAAGCUGGCACUACGAUUUCACAGUCGUCUUCCCCGUCAUCGUCGAUGCCGUCGUCGACGAUGUCAUCUGCCCAAGUUCGUUUGCCAAAUACUGUGCUCCUGAAGGUGAACUCUGGUUCAGGUACUGGUGCUCAGACCACUCAGACAACCGGUGGGAUGCAAGCGGGGCAGAUACAGAGGAGAUCGGUGGAAGGUGCGAUGCGUUGGCAGAAAGGCAGAGGUGGUUACCAGGGAGCGCAGACAUCCAUCUCGCGUAUUCCAAAUCGCUCGAGCGCGCCCAAUAUGCUGCAGCAUGCUGCCAAGUUUCGUAUGAUGACACCAUCCGUAAGCAUAUCUCCGGUAAUGCCUAAAAAAGAACCGAUAGACCGAGUGGAAUACUAUUCCGAUUCCGAGAUGUCCGACUUGGAAACUGAAGAUAUUGCAUUGCGUAACGAGAAGCAGGUGCUCAUGCCGCGAAAGACGCCCAGCGUAUCCAAGUAUCAGAGGUCGCCUAAGGGCAAGGACGUGGUAACGAUAUCCAGCUCGAGCGAGAGCUCGGACGACGACUGUAUAGUCCUGAGCGAUCACAGUGGCGAGGAGGAGACCGACAACGAGGACGAUCCAUCCAAUUCUGGUAUGCACACCAAUGAUCGAUACAACAUUCCAGACGAGCACGGUCGGGUGUUAAUCAAUGUAGGUCAUCCUGAGACCGAGCCGGACGUGUUUCUAGCGCCGCAGGUAGCCCGCAUUAUCAAGCCGCAUCAAAUCGGCGGGAUACGCUUCCUUUUCGACAACAUUAUCGAAACCAUCGAGAGGUACGAUACCAGCAGCGGCUUCGGCUGCAUCCUUGCCCACAGUAUGGGCUUGGGGAAGACUCUUCAGGUUGCCAGCUUCUGUGACGUUUUUUUUCGAUGUACCACUGCCAAAACCGUUCUUUGCAUCAUGCCUAUAAACACGCUCCAGAACUGGUUGGCGGAAUUUAACAUGUGGUUGCCGUAUGAAGAUUCUGCUACUAUCGCCGAGAAGCAAUCUAAAGCUACAAAUGUCAAGGUGGAGCCCGGAAUGGAUAUGAAGCACGAGAUAAAGGAGGAGGGCAGUCAGAGCGACAUAUCUAAUAUGUCGCGGCCUAUCAGCACAGAAUCCGCACAUCGUUUUGGUCAGGAAAACGCGGGAGCCGCGACAUUCGUGUCGCAACAAUCAAUGAAUGUCAUGUCAGACAAUUCCUAUGCAAAUUCUCAUCAUGGCUAUGAGGCGCGCGGCAUGAUGGGUUACAUGCACGAUCCUACUAUGAUGAACAAAAAUAUGGCCGAAUCGCACGCGCCGCAUAUGCCGCCGAAUUAUCAUCAGAGCGAAAUAUCGCAGAAUCCGUUGUACAGCGCGAAUCCGAAUCCGCUUUCCAACUUCCCCGACUCGACGAUGAAACUGGAUUCGGUCAACUGUCACAGCAUGCCGACUGGACAAAACAUGACGCCGUCAAAAUUUAGCAUGGAGAAUCAGGUCACCGGCGUUAUGUAUCCCGGCAUGGAAAAUCGACUGCAAGGUGGUCCUAUGUAUGCCGACAUGGAGAAUCGAAAUGCCACGGCGAUAUAUCCACCUAUGAGCAAUCACCAUUCUCCGAUGUACCCGAAUUACGGCAACGCUUCGGGCACUUUUGCGAGUUACGGCAGUCAAACUAAUCGACAAGAAUCAGAACAUGAACCGAAAAAGGAAAAUAUGUUGCCAGGGACAACAAUGCCGUCUCAGAAUGCGGAGAUAAAUGUGAAGAAAGAGCCGGAGGAGAUGAUCAAGAAAGAAGAGAGCGCAAUGAAGCAGGAGUUAGUGGAGGAAAAGAAGGAGAAGGUGGAGAAAGUGAAAACACCGUACAGCGUGGAUGCGCCCGUCGGCAUGGAAGUACGCCCGAGGCAUUUCCGUCUGCACAUUCUGAACGAUUCACACAAAACUAUGACGGCGAGGGCGAAGGUAAUUCACGAGUGGCAGUCGACCGGCGGUGUACUAUUGAUAGGCUACGAAUUGUACAGACAGUUGUCUUUGAAGAAACCCAACAAAGCGAAACGGAAACGCGGUCAGCCCUUUAAAGACACUGUGGACGUAGAAGAGGAGGAUAAGAACAAAGGUUUGCUGGAUGAGAUGCAUGUGGCUUUGGUGAGCCCAGGCCCGGAUCUAGUUAUUUGCGACGAGGGUCAUCGGAUUAAAAACUCGCACGCUAGCAUCAGCAUGGCGUUGAAGCAAAUGCGCACAAAACGCAGGAUUGUGUUGACCGGCUAUCCACUGCAGAACAAUCUCCUGGAAUACUGGUGCAUGGUGGACUUCGUGAGGCCAAAUUAUUUGGGCACCAAGAGUGAGUUUUGCAACAUGUUUGAGAGACCGAUACAAAACGGCCAGUGUAUCGAUUCUACGCCGCAAGAUAUACGCUUAAUGCGUUACCGUGCUCACGUGUUGCACGCUCUAUUGGAAGGUUUUGUGCAGAGAAGAUCUCACUCUGUGUUACAAAUGUCCUUGCCGCGCAAAGAAGAGUACAUUCUUCUCGUUAGAAUGACGCCUCAUCAGCGCAAGCUGUACGAUACGUUCAUGAAUCAGGUGGUGAAAACACGCGCGGUACCGAACCCGUUGAAAGCAUUCGCUGUAUGUUGCAAAAUCUGGAAUCAUCCGGAUAUCCUGUAUCAUUUCCUUCGCAAACGUCAGGCAAACGAGGAGGAUGAUUUAGAUCUGGAGGAAACGAUUGGGGAGAAGUCCACGCCGGGUGGCAAGAGAUCUAAAGCGCGCCAGCCGAAGGGGGAAUCUAAGAAGGGCAAGAAGACAGGCACGACAAUCAAAAACAAACCUGCGGCUAGUGUACAACCGAAUGCUUCCUCGUCGUCUAGCAAUGAUAACACAGAAACCGAAAAUGCGCACAACACUUCAAAGCAAAAUAAUUAUACCAAUUAUCCAAUGCCGGUCUCCAAUUCCGGAUACUCUAAUUCCAUGCCACAGGGAUCCUCUUAUCCUCCUCACAGUUAUCAAAAUUACCGUCCGAACGAUCAAAACACAUACUAUAGGAAUGAUAAUAACAACCACGGGGAAUAUAAUCACGGAGAAUUCUAUAAUAAUCAAGGACAGCAGCGAUACAAUAACCAAUCGUUUCAAUCGUAUACUCAGACAUCGAGCUAUAAUACGUCGCAGGGAUACAACAAUCAAUCGCAGAAUUACAUGCAGUCGAAUGAGCAGUCCGCGAAUCAUCCUCAGAGGUAUAGCGGCGCGUCAGCUCCAUCUGAUUUCAGAUCGGAUCAAAAUCAAGGGAACAACUACGAAACAUCUGGUAUGUUUCCAAGGCAAAACUAUCCUUAUCAGGAUCAGCAGCGCAAUUAUACGCCGAAUUUAAAUCAAGGGCCUAGCAAUUAUCCUCAGCAAGUUUCUAACCAGCCCUCUUUUCAAACUCAAAUGCCGAAUCAGUCUGCGAAUAUGCCGAUGCAGGAUUACUCGUCGUACGCUGCGAAUCAAAAUCAAACCUACUCGCCAGCGUCAGCUCAGACAAAUCCGUAUCAACGAAAUGACGCGCAACCGCUGCAGAACUCGACGAUGGGAUAUCCCGCGCCUCAGCAGGGUCAGUCUCCAGCGACUCAAGCUCCGACCUCCGGUUACAUGCCGCCGCAGCAGAGUCAGAAUCCACCACCGGCACAAAAUCGAGGCUUCUCCCCGAAUCAACAGAAUCAGAACUUGAGUUUACAGAAUCAGUCUCACACAUAUGCCGGCCAGCAGUCUCAGAAUUUGCCUCUUCAAGGCCAACCGCACAGCUAUUCGACGCAGGUGAAUCCAACUCCAAAUCCCGCGCAAACUCCGCAUGUGUUUAAUCAACAAUCGGCGCCCAUACCGCAAGCUCAGUCUCACGGUUACAUGCAGUCGAAUCAGUCGAGUCAAGGGCCUAUGCAGCAAGGCACGAUGCGCUAUACUCCGACAUCGCAGACUCAAAUGAGCAUACCGCAAAACCAGCCCAGUUAUUCGACCAAUCAAUCCGCACAGAAUGUUAACGCACAGAAUCAGACGCAUAGAUAUCCUCCGGAUCAGCAAAGCCCAGCGACGAACCCGCAGAACGCAGUUCACGGAUACGGCCAUCACAUGGCGCCCCAAGUCGCAACUCCUAAUCAGUCGGCGCCUCCGUCUAACCAGACGCACUCUGGUUAUCCGUCGAAUCAUCCGGGCACAGGUGCGAUGCCGCAGACCCCCGCUCAUCGAUAUGGUGCCGCGCAGCAGACGCAAGUAGCUCAAAAUCAAUCUGUAGCAUAUUCAUCGAAUCAGCAGCAAUCCAAUUCGUCGUUAGGACAGAAUGAUCAAGUGUAUCCUAGGCCGGACGCUGCGGUGUCGCAGCAAGGUUACGCUCCAACCGCGAACGAAUUUUCCAACGAACGUACAAGUGCAAGUUCUGCGAGCAAUUCCGGCAAUAAUUACGCCGCAAGCAACCAACCGCAAACGCAGAAUCCGGUUAUGCCGAAUUAUCCGUCAGACAACUCGCAUCAGAAUCCAACGACGGUCGGACAGAUGAAGAGCACGGACGAUCCUUACUGGCAACGUAAUUAUCCGCAGGCGUUCCGACCAGAUCAGCAAUGUAACGAUUCAUACUACAGGGAUCAGAUCAAUCCCGGUGUGAAUCGUUAUCAGAAUAAUUACUUUCCUCCGCAGAAUUAUCCGAAUCAAUCGUACGAGUACGCAACCGGUCAUGGUUCAGACAUGAAUACGCGACCUGACGAGACGAAAGCAUCACAGCAGUCUGGUGGAUCGUGCGACAAGAGCAGCAAAGACAUGACAUCCAGCAUCGGUGUGCAGAGUCAACCGAUGCAUCAGAAUAAUAUCGCGGGCGCGCCGAACUACAACGCGGAUCCGAAUCGCCAGAAUUCGGCGACUUCUGCACCAAGACCGGGUCAAGGGAUUAAUUCGAUGCACAGUCCGCGGUUGAAUCAGGGUGAAUUGUCGAAGGAGGAUGAAAAAGAAAAAGAAGAUCAACUGGAGAAGGAUAAAGAAGAGAAAUCUGACGACGACGUUCUCACAAAAGACGAGGAAAAGGAUUGCAAGAGUUCUCCCAAUGGAAAAGAAGAUCCUGGAAUUCCGUAUGAUUGGGCGACGGAAUUGAUGAAAGGCUAUGUACCUGGAUUGAUAGAUGCAUCUGGAAAAAUGACGCUUUUUUUCUGUAUUCUCGACGAAGCUAUUACACUGGGAGAUCGUGUGCUUGCCUUCUCACAAUCCUUGUUUACAUUGAAUCUCAUAGAGGACUUUUUAGCACGAAACAGUUUAAAACAUCCGAACGGACAAAUUGACGCCUGGAUCAAGAAUGUGAAUUAUUAUAGACUGGAUGGAAGCACCAGUGCAUUAGAGCGAGAGAAAUUGAUCAAUGAAUUCAACAAUAAUCCAAAGAUACAUUUAUUUCUUGUUUCGACUCGAGCAGGUUCGCUGGGUAUCAACCUUGUCGGUGCAAAUCGCGCGAUCGUAUUCGAUGCUUCUUGGAAUCCUUGCCAUGACACGCAAGCUGUGUGUAGAGUAUACAGAUACGGCCAGCAAAAGCCAUGUUUUGUUUAUCGAUUAGUCACUGAUAAUUGUUUGGAGAGGAAGAUCUACGAUCGACAGAUCAGCAAACAAGGCAUGGCAGAUCGCGUAGUUGAUCAGUGUAAUCCUGAUGCACAUCUUUCACUGAAGGAAGCAACGACAUUAUCAUGGGAUUGGGAGGAAGACAGUCAAGUGCAAGAUUUCUCACAGAUUAAGGAUAGCUACACAGAUGAGGUUAUGCACUGUGUGCUGGAACGGUAUUCUUCUUUACUUACUAAACAACCAUUUCACCACGAAAGCUUACUCGUUGAUCGAAAGGAUAAAAAACUCAGUCAAGCUGAGAAACGACUGGCUCGUCGUGGUUAUGAGCUUGAGAAAAUGGCAGCCAAUUGUUCGAGACCGAGUUAUAAUUAUGUCCCGGGCAAUACAGCCGCGCGAGCAGGCGGAUUACAGAUCAGAGCGAUUCGUGGUGGUGAUGGAGGUACCACACCUAAACCUGUUGCAUCUGUCAGACCGAUGCAACAGCGAGGCGCUGAAGGAUUAGGUCCAAGAGGUGUGACUGGUAGUAGGUGGAUACCAGCGGAAGUGUGGCAAAGGCAAGGAAUGAGCGCCCAAGAGAUGACGUUACCUUUGGAUGUGGUUAUUCCGACCAAUUCUCCGGACAAAGGAAGUAUUGUUCUAAAAGCAGGUCAACGGGUGAUGGUGUUAAAGAGUCCGAAAGGCAUUUACAUGCAGCUCGAGUCUGGCAAAAUUAUAGCGAUUCGCACUGCGCUCAAGUUAAAUCAGCAGAAGCGCGAGGAAGAACCAAAGAAAGGCGUUUCAUCAAUGAUACAGAGAAAUUCCAAGCCCGAGGUUGGCUUUCCUUUGCGAAAUAAUUCUGCCAUUUCUAUAAUACCUAAAUCAUCAUCGAAUAACCAAACCAGCCGACCUCUCAAUAAACCAUCCCCGGGCCCGGGUUACAAGCCAUUUAGCGACAAGGAAAUUUCCAAGAGAUCCAAACCGGUCACUGCGGCCGCUAAACCUUAUCUGAGUCAAGUAAACUUGACUAAUCAAGUUUCUCUGUCGAGGUUAUCGAAAGUUAAGCAAGAACCGGUGGAUCAUUCCACGCUCGGAGACAACUCCAACUCAUCUGAUAGUCAAGUGAGAACUGAGCAACGAGUCGAGGAAGUCAGAUUGGAGGACGUAGUGGCUGAAGUGAGUUCGAAUCCUGAAUACAGUCCAUCUAAUCACACUCGAACCACUAAUUCAGACACGGACACGUCUCUACCGAAAUCUUCCGAGGAAGGCACUCAAGUUUACACGCCUGAUAAUGGUUCUUUAACGCAAAGCAUUCAAACACAACAUGACCAGUCUGAAACGGAAUUGCCGCCAAUCGCUGAUAAACAGUGUUCACUGCCAGAGAAGGAAUCUUCUAAGUCAGAUGAGCUGCCAAACUGUAGUCGGCCUUUCCAUAGUCAAACGGAAAAGCGAGACACUACUAGCGAUGACAUCAUCAUUGAGGAGCCGAUGACGACGCAGAUGACGUCACAGAUGACACCGCAGAUGACAUCGCAAGUAACAUCGCAAGUAACAUCGCAGGCACCAUCGCAAGCACCAUCGCAGGCACCAUCGCAGAUACCAUCGCAAGCGACACCACAAACCACAAUACCGCAGACGCACGCAGCUAUUCCCGGGUCGAUGUCAUCUUUAUUAACACCGCAACCGGUACCGUCGGUUAUGUCAUCAAACAUGCCGAUACCAUCGAACAUGCCGUCCAGUGUACCGGUGCCAUCCAGCAUAUCAUCGAAUAUACCAAUUCCACCGAGUAUGCCAGUACCAUCGAAUAUAUCGGUGCCAUCAAACAUGCCGGUGACGUCGAGCAUGCCGGUGCUAUCAAGCAUGUCGGUACCGUCAAGUAUGCCAAUACCAUCUGCAUCUAUCAGGGGUCCGGAAACACCCAAAAGUAUUGUCGAAUCGCCCAUCGUCGUGUCAUCGACUGCCUCUGUGUGCACGAGCACCAAUAUUACUUCUCCAAAAAGCGCCGAAUCAACUCCGAGCAUGCGGGACAACGUGGUUCAAGGUGAUCCGAUGCCGAGUGUUCCACAAGGUUAUCCCUAUGCUCAGUACCCAAGGUACUACGACUACAGUGAUCCGCGAUCGCGCUCUCUGUCGAAUCCCUACAACACUUACUUUCCCAGCGUUCCACCGCACACAGCAAAUCCCAGCAGCAGACUGCCAGUAGACACGACGAAACCUCAACCGGACUUAGGAAAGCCUAUGGAUGAGAGGAAUGUGAUGAACGUGCCUACAGCUUACUCUCCCCAAGUACCGAGCAUUACUGCCAAAACGCUUACGAGUUCCGCAACGGAAUCUAAAGGGACAGAAACGGCAGCAGUGACUACCACGGUGACCUCUGUCGCCUCUUCGAGUAGAGACGAUACCACUCAUAUACCCACUGCAUUUAGUCAUCCUACCAGCACGCGUUACCCGGGCCCGUAUCCACCGGGUCCGUACGACCCGUAUUCGCAACACUACCCACCGGCGCCUGGUUCCUCCGCAGCCUAUCCUCCAGCUGGAGCACCAGGUUAUCCGGCAUACGGUGGACCGAGCUACAACACGGAUUAUGCACGCAUGUACUCGGCGUUCCAUGGUCCACCACCUCCGACGGAUCCGUACAUGCAUAGAGGAUACGCCCCUCCCUCCUCGCAUCCUUCUAAUUAUUACUCGCCCUUCCCGCAUCCUCCGCCGCCUUAUCCCAACUAUUCUUUUUUGCCGUAUCCAAACCCCAAUAUAUCCAGCGAGCCUCAACCACCUGCUCAGUAGAGAAGCAAGCGCGGCUAAGGCUAACGCUAGAUUUAAGGAUCGCGAAGAAGAAAGAGUCGUCGUGAACCGAAGCCGCGAUUCAGAAGCUUAAUAGACUGAAGCUGUAAACGCAUCGAUGUAAAUAUUUAGUCACAAAUAUUGAGAUAUUAAGGAGACAUGUGAUCGGAGGUUCUUGAAUGCUUUGCGCCAUCGAUAUAUGUAAUGUCGAAAAGGCCGAAUACAGUUGCCGUCAAUAUUGAAACGUGCAAUCUGUCGAAAUAUUCCGAAAUAUUUUAACUGUCAACGCCGUUUUUACAAUGCGUUUGUUUAUUAGUUAAUUACCGAAAAAAAUAUUCCACCCAUCAUGUGGUACAAAUCACUCCUUUGUUUGAUUUUUUAGUCUCAUAAGGACACUGUAAAGCGACAUUUUUUUACAAGUGUUUAGAUUAUGCGAUUUAGAUUGUAAUAUGUUUACGCUAUGACCAACUAAUUGCGUUCCUCGCAAUUUUUUCUACUCUUUGUACUUGCGCGGUGAAUCUUCGCCGGAUUAGCUUUUUGCCAAUAAUCUCUUAAUGUUGAAGCCGAUGAGUUACUGACGCAUAUGACUCUGGGAAGGAGUAAAUUGUACCAUCCGAAUGACUGGAGGAAAAGGAGCGCUGUAUACUAUCGUUUAGCUUCAUCCCAUUACAUUCAUUCAUUUUUAUAUAUCUUAUAAUAGCAAAGAGGGGGAGAAUUAUUGUAAUAGAAGAUUUUUUUUAUUACGAAUAAUCGGUAAUGUUCAUCAUGUGCGUUUACAAUUCUUAAAGCAGAAUUCAAAGAGUCAGAGAUAACAACAUGGCUAAGUUAAGAGAGGUAUAAAGUUAAGAUGAAGAAAAUUAAAGAUGAAAGUUAUAUAAAAAUGUUGAGAGAGAAUUUUCACAUAUACACAUAACUUUUUAAAGACUUGAUUAUGAUAUUAAUCGAUAAUGGUUGUAUCAUCGAUAAUGUCUGUAUGUUUUGCAAGUAAAAUAUUAAUGUUUAAAAUUUAGUUUUAUUUGUAAUUCUUUUUUUCAGAUAGCGUGUUGCUAUCUGAGACUCUUGAUUUUUAAGUAAAAUCUGAAAGACUUCCAUGACAGAUUUUUCACUAACUUGAAAUUUAUUGACUGAUCCCCCUCGGACGAUACGGCAAAAGUAAUGGAUAUUUGCAAAUUGUAUAGGCUAAAAUAUAUUAACAUCAUUGAAGCUAUAUUAUAAAAUGCAAAUGUUCAUUGAAACAUUUACAUUUACAUGAACCUGUAUAAGAAUCUACUGUCCAGUGAGGUACUUUUUCUUCUAUUCUACUACGUAAUGUUAAUGUAUUUUAUGCGAGUAUUAUAGCGAUAUAUUUGAUUGUUACGCGACUCUCUUGACAACUCAGUGAUUCAUCUUGAAAUUGUUUUCUUAAAGAUUCUGAUUUGUAUAAAAUAGAUUCACUAUCACUUCAAAAAGAGGUUGGAAAUCGUUUUUUGUUUCAGUGAUAGAUAUAGUCUUCGAACAGACAGUUUCGGAGAGCAGUGGAUCACGAAGUGUUAAGCUGGUUUGCAUUAUGUAUCACUCUUCCGUAAAUCUGAUUUUUAGAGUAAACAUUAUUGUCUCGUCUCUUUUUCUUGACAAGCGCCGAAACCGAUUGCUAUUCAUCACGGCGUGCGUCACAUCGUGUCUACGUGUCGUCUUUUAACUUUUUCCAGGUAUACAUCACACACACUCACACGCGCGCGCGCGCCACACACACCCAACACAACAUGUACACACACACACACACACAUCACACAAUAUACACGCGCGUACAUACAGUAUUCACCUGGAACAUUUAGUAGCCAGUAAACACAGUCUGCAGCAUCCCUAGCGAGUUGUAUAUGGAUACUACGUAUUAUACUAUUAAACGUUACGAUUUCCGAAAUAGGUAAUCUUACUCUAGUAGAGUGUAGGAUUGUUGUUAUCUAGGAUGUCUUACGAUUAAAAAAAAAAAUGAAAUUUACUAUCUCGGACACAUAGCAUAAAUGUAGGGAGAGCCAUGAUUUUCAGAAGCGACUCUUCAGAGACUCGGAACUGUGAUAUUUUAUUAUAAUCUCGUGCCGAAUUCGCACUGUACGAUGCUCUUGUCCGGUAUCGAAGCCGCCGAUCUUGGUUUUGUGGGAAUUUUCGCGAGAGGAGGCUCAGAAUCUCUCAGGCCGCCUACGCGACGCUUGGUCGAAAUUGUUGCAUUUACUUUAGUGUAAGUCAAUCUAGUGCACGAGAUGGUCAAUCCAUUUUUCCAAGUGGGACACAGAGGCGCGCACGGGUCUAUCAUGGUACUCCCUGUAAAAUAUAAAUAAUACGGAUCAGUGGUAUUCAAUCCUUCCUAAUAGCAUAAUUCUCUUCUUUGAGGAAAAAAAGGCAUAUUUUUUUAGAUCUUCGAUUCUCUGUCACGUUUUUAUUCUUUCGAAAUCGCUUUGUUACGUAAGGAAUUAUUGUAGAAACCUUUUUUUUUGUAUCUUCUCAUAUUUUAUAUUAUUGUUCAAAGUUGCACUUAUGAAUAAAAUUUUUUUGUCUUUUAUUUUGAAAACACUUUGCAUACAAAAUGAUUUUAGCAAUCAAAUUUUUCUAAAACGCAGAUUGUUUAAACGUUCUUCCGAGAGUACUCCAGGUUGAAUAUCUCUGAUUAUAGACGAAUUAUUCUAAUGAGAUAGACGUUUACGCUGGAUAUAUAAUUAGUAAUACUGUGUCUUCGCGUCGGAUCUCCAUGCCGCCUGUUUACCGCGCGCGGGAGACGCGAUAUAGGUUCUAAGUGUACAGAUGUUACGUUUAGUGUAACGUUCGAAUAAGCUGUGCAAUCUUUCACGAACAGGCGACAGGAAAUCCGUCGUGUAAAAUGCGCGCGAGAUGCGAGCCGUCCGUUCUGAAAGCGAUGCAGAGUUUAAUUGCAAAAUAUAACAUUCACAUCCCGCGUUUAGUGCCAAAUGUAACUGUUGAGUUUUGUUUUAUGUAACAUAAAGAUUGUACAUGAUGUUACCGUAGGCUGAGAAUUAUAUGACUGCGUUUAGUGCUAAAUGCGGUAGCCCAAUUUCAAGUUUUAUUCGUGCAUUUUUUGAAAAUUGCAUUUUAUGCUAUCAUUAAAUACUAUCGAGAAUUUUAUGCGUUAUUACUUAGCACUGCGUCUUGAUACUCUCUCAUAAUAUUUAACGAUUUAAAUGCGAUGAUACGGAUAGAAGUGAGUGUAUGGGCUAAUGAAUUUAAUUAAGAUGUGAAUGUAAAGUGGUAGGUGCAUUUUAGUGAAACUUUCAGGAUUAACUGACAUCAUUCUCAGGACAAGCGGCUCAUAUAUUUGCGGAAGAACAACAAUUAUUUCGUCUCUGUUAUAGCUUUUUUGCCAUUUACGUACUUGUAAAUACCCAUUUAUAUAUAUUUCAUACUUUAUUUAUUAUUAUACAUUAGAGCCAUUAUUAUCGCUUUUUUUGAUGUCAAAUUAAUUGCCUUUAUGUAAAAUAAAUUGUUUACACAGAUGA